AUGGUAUUUCUCCCUGGACCGUCAUCGGAGGACUUCCCUUGGGAUGUUCCGCGCUGUAUCCAAUGCGCGUUGGAGCCGGUCAUAGCAUACAAUGGCUCUAAUUUGCCAACUACCGCCUUGCUUCUGUACGCUACCAUGGUGGAGAAGAUCUUUCUCUUCCCUAGCGAUCCGGAGGGUAUUGAAGUCAGGUGGAUCGUGACAUCAUGGCAACCACAGGGUCAACCUCAUGACCUUGGAAUCGACCUUGGCUCGGAUCUGACCCUCGAGUUAGGUCCGUUUGCCAAUUAUGGUCUUCCCUGCCUGAAAGAGCUCUAUGUGGAUCAAGAAAAGGACGAAAAUUGGCCUAUCAACUUAUUAGACUUCUUAAAGAAGCCAGGUCUCUCUAUAUUUCAUCUAAAUCAUGCACGAUCACUUACGAAGCUCUUUGUCCCUCAGCCUCUUGAAGACUCAUUAUCCAGUGUAUAUGAGUUAAAACUUAGUGACUGCUAUAUGGAGUCACAAAGUCUGGAAAACAUUCUGAGGAGUUGUCCCAGGCUUAGAGUCCUCAGUGUUCAUGUGGCCAAGCCAGAUUGGGUUGAGCAGAUGGCUGGGCAACCUGAUUCUCACAUCUUUUGGACUAUUAACCUUGAACAUGUUGGGCAAGCCCUUCGAGAUUUUGGGAAAAGUUUGACCGAUCUACAUCUUGAUUUCUCAAAUUUUAAGUUAGCACGUCCCAUCUCUGGUCGAAUUGGGCCUCUGCGCAGCAUGCCGAAACUCCGCCAUAUACAAUGUCAUAGGAACGACUUAAUCCUCGCUCAAGAACUAGGCGAGGAACAAGAGGGAGAUACUUUGCCGCCGUUGGAUAGUGUUUUGCCAUCAUCAAUCGCAACACUUAACAUCAAUUACAUGGAACAUGACACUUUACUGUCACCACCAAAAAAUGCAAUAUCUGCAGAAAUAGAGAAGCUCCUAUCCAGUACGCGUCUGCAGUAUCUCGAACGGGUCCGAAUUCAAAGAUAUAUCCCUGGUACUGAGGACGAACCGAUCUUGUUUCAAACCGAGAUGCCUGAUUGGUCCUUUGACUUCAAGAAAACCCCAUGCGAGAGCCGGAAUGGGUUUAUCGAGUACCUAUGUUUUGAUAGGUUUGGACGAUGCAACGUGGCUUGUAAUUAA